GGUGCGCUUGUCCUCGCCCGCCCCGGCCUGGACUCGGCUCGCUCAUUCCGCCGCCGCCGUCCGCAGACUCGGUCCCUGCUCAAGAUGGCAGAAGCUCACCAAGCUGUGGCCUUCCAGUUCACUGUCACCCCUGAUGGCAUUGACCUCCGCCUGAGCCAUGAAGCCCUCAAACAGAUCUGUUUGUCGGGACUGCAUUCCUGGAAGAAGAAAUUUAUCCGGUUCAAGAAUGGCAUCAUUACCGGUGUGUUCCCCGCGAGUCCCUCCAGCUGGCUGAUCGUGGUGGUGGGUGUGAUUUCAUCCAUGCAUACCAAAGUGGACCCCUCCCUGGGCAUGAUCGCAAAGAUCAACCGGACCCUAGACACCACCGGCCGCAUGUCCAGCCAGACGAAGAACAUCGUGAGCGGCAUCCUCUUCGGCACCGGGCUCUGGGUGGCGGUCAUCAUGACUAUGCGUUACUCUCUGAAGGUGCUGCUCUCCUACCAUGGCUGGAUGUUCGCAGAGCACGGCAAAAUGAGCCGCAGCACCCGGAUCUGGAUGGCCAUGGUCAAGGUCUUCUCAGGCCGGAAGCCCAUGUUGUACAGCUUCCAGACGUCUCUACCACGCCUGCCUGUCCCGGCCGUCCAAGACACUGUGAACCGGUACCUGGAAUCUGUGAGGCCACUGAUGAAGGAAGGGGACUUCCAGCGCAUGACAACGCUCGCCCAGGACUUUGCUGUCAACCUCGGACCCAAAUUGCAGUGGUAUUUGAAACUAAAAUCCUGGUGGGCCACAAAUUAUGUGAGUGACUGGUGGGAGGAGUACAUUUACCUUCGAGGCCGAGGCCCCCUCAUGGUCAACAGCAACUACUAUGCCAUGGAGUUGCUGUAUGUCACCCCAACCCACAUCCAGGCAGCAAGAGCUGGCAACACCAUCCACGCCAUACUGCUGUAUCGCCGAAAGGUGGACCGCGAGGAACUCAAACCCAUUCGUCUUCUGGGAUCCACAAUUCCACUCUGCUCUGCCCAGUGGGAGCGACUCUUCAAUACUUCCCGCAUCCCCGGGGAGGAGACAGACACCAUCCAACACAUCAAGGACAGCCGGCACAUUGUCGUGUACCACAGAGGCCGCUACUUCAAGGUCUGGCUCUACCACGACGGGAGGCUGCUGAGGCCCCGAGAGCUGGAGCAGCAGAUGCAGCAGAUCCUGGAUGACCCCUCAGAGCCGCAGCCCGGGGAAGCCAAGUUGGCUGCCCUCACCGCCGCCGACAGAGUGCCGUGGGCAAAGUGUCGGCAGACCUACUUUGCACAUGGGAAGAACAAGCAGUCCCUGGAUGCGGUGGAGAAGGCCGCAUUCUUCGUGACUCUGGACGAAUCGGAGCAGGGCUACAGAAAGGAGGACCCCGAGGGGUCUGUGGACAGCUACGCCAAGUCUCUGCUGCACGGCAGAUGCUUUGACCGGUGGUUUGACAAGUCCAUCACUUUCGUUGUCUUCAAAAACAGCAAGAUAGGCAUAAACGCAGAGCACUCCUGGGCAGACGCGCCCAUCGUGGGCCAUCUGUGGGAGUAUGUCAUGGCCACCGACGUCUUCCAGCUAGGCUACUCGGAGGAUGGGCAUUGUAAAGGAGACACCAACCCCAACAUCCCCAAACCCACCAGGCUGCAGUGGGACAUCCCAGGAGAGUGUCAGGAGGUCAUAGAGACGUCCCUGAGCAGCGCCAGCCUUUUAGCAAAUGAUGUGGACCUGCAUUCCUUCCCGUUUGACACCUUUGGCAAAGGAUUAAUCAAGAAGUGUCGGACGAGCCCUGAUGCCUUCAUCCAGCUGGCACUGCAGCUGGCACAUUACAAGGACAUGGGCAAGUUCUGCCUCACGUAUGAGGCCUCCAUGACUCGGCUCUUCCGAGAGGGGAGGACAGAGACCGUACGCUCCUGUACUAUGGAGUCCUGCAACUUCGUGUUGGCCAUGGUGGACCCCACGAAAACGGCAGAGCAGAGGUUCAAGCUGUUCAAGAUAGCUUGCGAGAAGCACCAGCACUUGUACCGCCUCGCCAUGACGGGCGCCGGCAUUGACCGCCAUCUCUUCUGCCUGUACGUGGUGUCCAAGUAUCUUGCCGUCGACUCGCCUUUCCUGAAGGAGGUUUUGUCUGAGCCAUGGAGGCUAUCCACUAGCCAAACUCCUCAGCAGCAGGUGGAGCUGUUCGACUUUGAGAAAUACCCUGACUACGUGUCCUGUGGAGGCGGCUUUGGGCCAGUUGCUGAUGAUGGCUACUAUGUUCUGCCCUGUCUCCUUCAGGACUCACACCGCUUUGGGAAGCACCUGAAACAAGCCAUGAUGGACAUUAUCAGCUUGUUUGGCCUCACCGUGAAUUCCAAAAAGUAAUCCUCCCGAGCCACGCAGAAGGAAAACAGACUUUUGUGAUGCAAACCAAAUGAAGAAUAGGUGUCACUCCUGACUGUAGGACAGGCAGGAAAUUGCUCUUAUCAAUCUCAGUUUUCCUUCUGGAAGGUUUACGGUCUCCCUAGAACAACAGUAGGGUCCUCAGUGUGAACUGUGACCCACUGCAUCCAGAGAUGGCCUGGCUCCAGGAAUACUGGACACACCCUGAAGUCUUUUGAAAGGCCUCCUGCUGGAUAAAAGGAUUAAAAUACUGGUGAAUUGCUGGAUUAUUGGGGUCGUAGCUCCACAGGUGUUGGAGGUGACAGAUUUCCUCAGUGGUGAGCCUAUGAAUACCUGGGACUUGAAGGUGCCCGGCUUCACCCAGGCAAUGCAGAUGUCACCUAGUGGAAAGAGAAGUGUCUUCGGAGCCAGUGGAAGUUAACAGCUGUAGCUAACACACAUGUAACACACUAAUGGAAUAUUUGGGCCUGGGGAGUAAGGUUCUGCUGUCAGUGACAGCCAUCAUCCCUUGAGAGUCCAAAUUUGGCUCCACAUUCCCAGGAAGCAGAACACCACCUCAGUAUUGCCAUCCUCCCGUGUCUUCAAACCCCAGUGCCUUAAAGACGGGAGCCCCUUGCGAGUGGGGCUGUUCAGAAGUCUCAUCAUCUGUGAAGUCUUUGGGUGGAUAUGUGAGGAUGUUGCUUUUCUGCAGAGGGAUGCCCCCAGGUAAAUACUUCCCCCAGCCCUAGAAAGGACACCUUGGUCCCUGGAAAAGGCAGCGAUGCUGGAGUCUCAUUGCCCGCCAGGUCCACACUGUGACAGCCGUGUGUCGUCAGAGGGGCUGAGGAGCUUGGCAGGAACAGGCCGCAUAGCUGGAGACAAGGUGGCAAGGGGAGUGGGGCCCUGGUCACUGAGUCAGGAACACUGGCACAGGCAGCCUCGUGGCAGCCAGGAGACACAGAUCCUAGACAUCAACGGGCUUACCUUCUAAUCCUACCCAACCAGAGAGGCCUGCUCUCAGAUUCCACAGAAGACUAGGUCCUUUUGGCGACAGACUCAGGGGUCUCAAAUGAUGGGUGCUUUGUACCCAAAUGCCAUCCUCCAGUGGGAGUGCCUUUCUUGAAAGCACCUGGUGGACUGCAAGGCAACUCUGCACCAAAGUCUGUUUGGUGUUUGGUGUAGCAUAAUGGCGUGACCUCCCCUGCCCGUCACUGUACUGUCCUGACAAGCUUAGCUGUUCCUAUUUUAAAUCAUGUAUUUAUUUUUUUUCUGACCACUUCCAGUGCCCCUCUGGCCUUGCUUGAUUCCUGCCCCUGUGCCAGCAGUAGCACAAAAGUGAGGGGCGGGGUGACAGGAAGUGCCAAGAGGUGCUGGCUAAACAGCUUAUGCAUGUGUUAUGGAUAUACAUACAUGUAUGAAUUUUGUAAUCUAAAAAAAAAAAAAAACCAUGCCUAAAAGGGCCAAAGUUUUUUUUUUUUCCUAUUAAAAACAAGCAAACAAGGCACAUUAAAUAAAAAAAGCAGAAACAAUUUAAACUAAUUCAGAGCCACCUAACUCUCGCUGUUCAUGAGCACUGACCAACCUGUGUUGCCCCAAGUAGCUCUGCUGGUGUCCAAGCGUUACAUUCCUCUCUCAGCUUCCACUGUCCUUGCUGCUCCAGGUAACUGCUGAGCAGUUACCAGUGCAGUUUUGUAUUCCUUACAAGGCGGAAGGGUGGGCUUUCACUGUAUGUGUCGGAAGGAGGUGGUAAGACUAUUACGUAUUUAAUUUAAUGUGGAACAAAACAGUCUUACCGUGGCCAAGAUUUACAUUUGGGAUUCUGCUCUGUCCAUUGCAUGUAAAUACCAUAUGCUGUCUGAAUAUAAAUCUUAGAAACGCAUGUGUGAGCCAACGUAGCUGACCAUUAAUAAAGCAUUAAUCCUGUCUACUAUA